CCCCACCUUCAUGCUACGAGAGUCUUCAGGCGGCGCGCGCUCAGUACACGCCGAACCCUCGAUCGUAACGGACGAGCUUAACUCCGAGCGAGGGCAACAUCCGUACCGGAACGGAAAGUGAAAAACGGUGCAAAACGUUCACAGCUCAGUGAAGACGGGCGACGUGCACUUCCGUGAUUGCGAAUACUGUUGUGCAACAGGAGUUCUUUUGAAGAAAAUACAAACCAAACACACAUACAGCACAUCAACAUGAGUGAAAAGGGAGCUGCAAGUUACCAGACACAACCGCUGAACCAGCCACCAUACCCGGCACAGCAGCCACCCGGCUACAUGCCCCAGAUACCACAGGCCACCGCAUAUCCACACCCCCAGACCGGCGUCCCCAACUAUGCUCAUCCGGCUCCUCCACCACCGUACGAUGCAAACUCCAAUGUUAUGCCUGGCGUUCCACAGCCAGCCGUUACGACCUACGUGCAAGUCGUCACCAGGCCCCAGGUUGGACCGGAUCCAUCGGCGAUGAUGUGCCCAUCCUGCUCGAAGCAAGUCGUUACCCGUCUGGAUUAUGAUUCCACCACCAAGACCCACAUUGCUGCCGGUUUGCUGUGUCUCUUCGGAUGUUGGCCAUGCUUCUGGAUUCCAUAUGUGGUCGAUUCAUGCAAGAGCGCCAACCAUUAUUGCCCCAACUGUGGUGCAUACAUCGGUACCUACCACGGUUAAGCAGCGCCCGCCACGAGACACCAUUGGGUUUGGUACGGUUGCAUCCGGUGACCACGCCAUUCCUGGUUGAUUGUGAUGUAAUCCUAACCGCCCUGUUUGCCCACAGCAGUCACCGACGUCGACCGUCGUUGCGGCAAAGUGCGAUCAAGUACCGUUUUAAGUUUCGGAAGAAAGUGCGAUAAAUCGUAUGGUGUAGUGAGUGUGUCUGUGUAGCUCUGUGUAUGCAAAAGAGAUGACGAAAUGAACGGAUUGAAUGGUGUGCAUGUGUGAUCGUACGUAUGUGUGUGUCAGUACGCUAUGGCAUUGACUGUUGUAAUUAUUCUUUAGUGAAAGACCAUAACUAUCGAUUUCGUCAAGCGUACAUAAUUACAUAAUAAAAAUAUUUACCACUCUCCCCGGAA